UACCACGUACACAAGAUGCGUCAUUCGGGGGCUCAUGUUGGGCCGAAGUCGGACCAUCCGAGCCAUGGGCUGUCUGUCAGGUGGGCUCAUGAGGCCUCUGUAACUGAACCGGACAUGUCGCACCAAGGGAAUUAUGCGGCGUGUCGCAUUAAUUUUCUGUUUUUCUCGGUCUGUCGUCUCUUAUUAAAGAGGGACGCCGCGGUCGCGACUCGCGUGUUACCGCCGAAAGGAAGAGAAACUGCGGCGGAAGAGAUCGUGAGGCGAUUCCAACCUUGUGGCGGCAUGGAUGAUCCAGAGCUUGAAGCUAUUAGGCAACGGAGAAUGCAGGAGUUAAUGGGCAAACAUGGCGCUGGUAAUCAACAAAAUGGUGAGCAACAGAAAGUACAAGAAGAGGCCAAAAGGGAAGCAGAGGAACGUAGGCAGUUGAUGCUGAGUCAGAUAUUGUCCACUGAGGCAAGAGAAAGGCUUGCUCGUAUUGCAUUAGUGAAGCCUGAUAAAGCAAGAGGUGUGGAAGAUGUUAUACUAAGAGCUGCUCAAAUGGGACAGAUAUCCGAAAAGGUUUCUGAAGAAAGACUUAUUUCACUUCUGGAGCAGAUUAACAGCCAAACAAGUAAACAGACAAAAGUCACCAUCCAGAGGCGUCGAAGCGUGCUCGAAGAUGAUGACUAACUAGCCGGGAUCAUUCACUGAGAUGGUUGUGAUCUUUUGGUAAUUAACUCGCGUAAAAUGGUGUUUGCUGGAUGAUGCAUUAACUAGUUUUGAAAUAACUUGGUUAUGUUCUGGACCUGUUUUUCCUUGGCAAAUCAACCAUAUGCUAUCACAUGGAACUAUGCUUUCAUGUAUCAUUUGUGAGUGUGAAUUAUCAAUUGGGAGUAGUUGAAAACUAUUUUUUUUUUUUUUAA